CUUCUUCUUCUUCUCCUUCUCUCUCGUUGCCAAGUUCAGUCACCUCCACGUCACCUCCUCCUAUCUCUGUCUGAGUUUCUGGUUUUCGCUUUGGUUGGAGUUUCUUACUCGACAGCUACCCGGCGACGUGGAGGUCCACUGUCUGCAACAACCACCACCGCGGUUGUCGGUGAGAUCUCGCCAUCCCUCGUCAUGGCCGUUCAUUACUAAUUUGGAUCGCCAUCUCCUACUGGACGACGACCCCGCCCUUUCUUUUCCUUCUCCUCCUCCUCCCUCGCUCGCUUUCCCCCGAGCUCGAUGCUUCCCGGACCUCGUGCUGUCGCCGCCGCCUGCUGAUCGAUCCGCCUUUCCAGCAAAAGAAGAUUCUCUAAUUCGUGUUAUAUCUUCCUUAUGAGCAAGAGAGAACAUUUUUGUGGAGUGAUGGACCAUAAAGCAUGGCUUUGGAAAAAGAAAUCUGCAGAGAAGACCAUUGCAAAUGAUAGAGUUGACCUCCCCCUACAGGGAAACAACGAGCAGCAGGUACAGGCGGCUUCAACUGAUAAAUCAGAAUUGGAGAAAGAAUUGAAACAUUUGACUGAUAAGCUUUCUUAUGUUCUUUCUGAAUGUCAUACCAAAGACGAGCUUGUAAAGAAACAUGAAAAGAUGGCCCAAGAAGCUAUUGCCGGAUGGGAGCAAACGGAAACUGAAGUGGUUUCUCUAGAAAAGAGGCUAGAGGAAUCAUUGAAGGAGAGACUAGCUGGUGAAGAGAGAGUCGCACAUCUUGAUGCGGCUCUGAAAGAAUGUAUGCGGCAACUGCAUUUUGUCAGAGAAGAGCAGGAAAAAAGAAUUCACGAUGCUGUUAUGAAGACAUCAAAGGAGUUUGAAAAGUCCCAAGUAGUUUUGGAAGGGAAAUUAGAAGAAACAAAUAAAAGGCUUGCCAAGAUGGGCAUUGAGAAUACUCAUCUCAGUAAAUCUCUAGUAUCCAAGGAAAAAUUGGUUGAAGACUUAAAUAAACAGCGAAAGCGGGCUGAGGCAGAUAUUGGUAGCCUAAUGGCUAGACUCGAAUCCAGUGAGAAAGAUAAUGCUUCUCUCAAAUAUGAGGUCCGUAUUCUUGAGAAGGAGCUUGAGAUUCGGAAUGAGGAGAGAGAGUUCAACCGUAGGACAGCUGAUGUGUCUCACAAGCAACACCUAGAGAGUGCAAAGAAAAUCGCAAAGUUAGAAUCAGAAUGUCAGAGGUUACGUCUAUUAGUUCGAAAAAGGUUACCAGGACCGGCAGCGGUAGCUAAAAUGAAAAACGAGGUUGACAUGCUUGGAAGGGAUUCAGCCCGGAUGAGGAAAACGAAUACCGGGCAAAUAGGUUCCAUGUCUGACUUUGCAGUUGAGAACUGUCCUGAGACACCUAGUAAGAGAAUCAGCAUUCUCACGGAGCAGUUAAUUGUCACGGAGGAAGAGAACAAAACUCUUAGAGAAGCUCUAAGUAAGAAAGAAAGUGAACUCCAUAUCUCUAGGGUCCUGAAUGCUCAAAGAGGUUCCAAAUUAUCACAGAUUGAUUCACAGGUUGAAGGAUCACUAAAAGGUCAGAAAGGCAUGGAGUUGACAAGGACCAUUCAUUUGUCACACGAACCAUCUCUGGCAUCAGUAUCUGAUAUUGGCAGUGAUGAUAAGGUAAGUUGUGCUGAAUCAUGGGCAACUGCUCUAAUUUCAGAAUUGGAGAAUUUCCGUAGUGAGAAACAGAGGCGGUUGGUAUCCUCUAGAGCAAUUGGAGCUUCCGACAUCAGCUUGAUGGACGACUUUGUUGAAAUGGAGAAGUUAGCAAUUGUCUCCACAGAUGAUACAUCAAAGAAUUAUGACAUGCUUUCUCAGGAAGCUAGUGCACUUGCUCACCCCCUGGAGACAAAUGGUAAAUCUGGCUUCUGCCCGGUAGACCAGGAAGCCCAUUCCAAUGGUACAAUCCUCGUUAGCGUUCCUGAAUGGCUUCAACAGAUAUUGAAAGUGAUUCUGGAGCAACAUCAGUCCGCUGAAAGACACCUAGAUGAAAUACUUGAGGAUGUUAGAAUUGCUUUGGCACAUGUACACCGUCAAAACCCCGGAAAGUUUGGAGAUACAAAGGAAAGGGCAAGUAGCAAUGAGAUUAACUUAUCUAAGCCUUCUAAUAGUACUUCGAGGCUGGGGUUAUCUCAUAAAAUUGGUCACCCUGAUUUCUCGUCAAUGGGAAAGAGCAAUCAGAAGGUCAAGCCAGAUUUGAGCAAAUCAAUGUCUAAAAUAAUUGAGCUUAUGGAGAGUAUUAGUCUUCCUUCUCAAAACUACGAAGAUCCAGAUAUUUCUUUGAAGAAAGAGAGGAAUAUUUCUUCCAAUAAGAGUUCAGAAACACCCACGGGCUACAUGGUUCGUGUUUUUCAAUGGAAAACUUCUGAACUUGGUGAUGUCUUAAAGCACUUUCUCCGUACUUGUUAUGAUCUUUUGAAUGAAAAAGCUGAUCUCUGUAAUUUUUUUAAAGAAUUAGCUUCAGCUUUGGAAUGGGUUCUGAACCAUUGUUUUUCCCUUCAAGAUGUUUCAAGCAUGAGGGAUGAGAUUAUGCAAAAUAUAGAUUGGGAUGAAUCACGAAGUGAAGAUGAAGUUGGAGCAGGAAUUAUGCAUCAGCUAUCUGAUGCAGAUAAAUUGCAUAAUCCCAUCAAACAACUUUGUAUCCCUAGUAAUUCUGUAAGUGGCAAUGACAAUAUGGCUCAGCUGGGAGAAUUCCAAUCUGAUCAGAAAGAAGAAAAAACAACAUUGGAGGAAAACCUGGAAAAAUUAGUAUCAGCAAAGGAAAGUGUGGAAGGUCAGCUCCAGUCUGCUGUUGGUGAAAAUGAAUCUUUGAUAAAUCAACUUGAAGCAUCCAAAGAAACUAUUGAGAGCUUGCAUAUGGAAUUGAACAGCUUAAAAGAAUCGAAGGGUUUGGUUGAGGACCAGAUUGUAAAUCGCAAGUUGAGUUAUGAAGAUCUUGAUAGACGGCUUGCCGUGGCCAAAGUUGAACUAAACGAGGCUCGUCAACAGUUCUCUUCACUAGAAGUGGAACUGGAGAAUAAAAGCAGCUGCUGUGACGAACUGGAGGCCACAUGUCUUGACUUGCAAUUGCAGCUUCAAAGUACGAAGAAGGUUGAGAGUCCCAAAAACAACGUCGUUCAGGAAGGAAAGCAACUACCAACUAACUGGGAGAUCACAGCUGCUUCUGAAAGAUUAGCAGAGUGCCAAGAAACCAUUUUGAACUUGGGGAAGCAGUUGAAAGCUUUGGCUCCACCGAAAGACGCAGCUCUUUUUGAUAAGAUUGUCCUUACUCCAACAGAUGCAAACUCCAGUAUUGCUACCGAUAGCACUAGGGCAAUGAUGCGAGAGUCACCCAAGAACAAGAGUAUGGCCCGUCGCUCUUCUUUGUUGGACAAAAUGCUUGCAGAGGAUAAUGCCAAUGCUACGAACCUAAAAUCCUCCGAAAUGAAGGGAGAGAACAGCGAUUGUUCUAUCCUCCUGGGUGGGUUGAUGGAGCCUUCAAUGGCCAUCACGCCAGUGAAAAAACGGGGAGGUGGGAGUCUGUGGAGAAAGCUUCUAUGGAGAAAGAGGAGAGUUAACAGCAAGAAAUCAUCUCUUCCAUUUGACCAUUGAAAACCAUGCAAGUCCAGCGGAAAGUUGCUUUCCUCUUUCUCAUGACUAACAGAGGAGUAAAUAAGACCGCUUUUGCAGAGAGCUGGGUUUGUUUGCACUGCUUGUGUACAUAGUGCAAGCUCCUAUAGUUAACAUGUGGAAGUUCACACGGUUCUUGACAGAAGGGCUUGUCAUUUGUUCAAGAGUAAGGUAGCUGCCGUGGGUUGUAUAUUCACUUCACCUCCCAGUUUUGUAGUGACUGAUAUGAAUAUGCUUGUCCAAUAAAUGUCUGUUGUGGCGUGUA